AUUUUUCAUGUCUUCAAUGCAAAAAGACGUUGAGAGUUACAAGAAGUUGCUCAAAGGUCUGAAGUCUAACACUGGGGAUGACCUCUACUCUCAUCUAAUUGAAGUCUUUGGCCAUCUAAUGAGACAUUAUCCUGAAGAUGCACUUGAUAAAAUUGAAGAAGUCUCUUAUUUAUGCAAAAAUAAGGAUGAUGUUAAUAUUCAAGAAUUCUUGAAAAUAGCUGAAGAAAUACGAUUCAAGACUUGAACAGAGGCAAAUUCUGAGUAUUCCUUCAAAGCAGGCAAGCUCUUUGAGGCUCCAGUGUUAGAAGAAGACGAAGAACCUCCAGAGAAAGCUCCUGUUGGCAACGUUCCUGAUCUAAUCACACUUGGUAGAGUCUUUGAAUGGGCUGGAAUUACCUUUGGUGAGAAAGAAUAUUUCCUUCUCCAGAAAUCUCUUGCUAAGCUAGCUGAAACAUCUGGGGCUACAAAGAUCAGAUUCUGGGGAAAAAUCUAUGGAACGAACAGAGAUUAUUACAUCGCUGAAGGAGUUAAGGAAGGUGAUGAAGAAGGCGAAGGAGAUGAAGAAAAACCAGCAGAUUUUGAAGCGAGAGGAACAGGAGUUAACCAGUUUGUUUAUUGGGUAGCUCAUGACUCACUGAGUGAGUGGACCCAACUUCCAGACUUGUUCCCUAAAUAUUUAAAAGUUUCAAGAGACAUUAAAAUUUCAUUCACUGGAGAUUUAGAGAAGGAUAUUGUCACAGUUCCUUUCUUCCAUGGAAAGGAGAAGCAUUAUCUCAGAGCUCAGAUUGCAAGAAUUCAUCACGGUACAACACUUGUUCCUAAAGGAUUGUAUCGUACUAACGAGGAAGAUCUAAAGGAGAUAGAAGCCAAUGAGCCAGAAGAUGAGGAGAACAAAUAUGUUCCUCAGACUGAAAAUCAAAACCAUCUCUCCAACUGGAGUCAUUAUCCAAAAGGUAUCCUUCAGAAUUGUAGGACCCAGCAUAUGGAUCCUGAGCCAGAAGAAGAGGAUGAGAGAGACCCAGAGGAGAUUCUCAAAGAAAUCGAAGCAAAAGACCCUUAUGAUCCAAGACUCAAACUGAUUUCAGAUGACUCUGAGGUGGAAAAAGGAGUUCCAGCCUGGAACAUCAGACUACAUGGAGAUAAAGAGAGGCAGAAGACUAUCAGAGGAAAGACAGAACAUAACGGAGUUAUAGUAGUAAAAUCUAAUAGGUGGCCUGGAUCUGUUACAGUCUGGAAAGGUGUAAACUGGCACCAAAUUUAUGUUGGAAAUGGUCAUAAAUAUGAAAUAAAGAGUUACUUCCCUGUUCAUUCUCCUUACAUCCCAGAAGAUCCUGAAGACAUUGAAGAACAUCCAGAGCCAAACCCACAAGAAGUUGAAGCUCCUCCAGCAAAUGAGGGAGAAGGUGCAGCAGAGGGCGAUAAAGAGGGAGAGGGGAACAAUGACGAAUAACUGAUCUUCUUCAGCCGAAAU